AACUAAAAGUACUUGGUUUGCGCGUUACACCCGGACGGAGUUGUGUGUGACAGUAGUGUGGACGUCUGUUUUUAUUGUCAGUAAAUCGAAAAUCACUUUUAAAUGGAUGCUAAAAGUCAAAUAUGCUCAAUAUGGCUUGGAUCCGAAACUGGAAUAUUAAAAGGGGUGAGUAUCAGCAAAAAGCAGGCGUUUAACUUCUGUGAGAUGAGCUGCUUGAGUCGGGAUCAGGAGGUUUGUGUGAUGGCAUGGGGAGACCCUCACGAAUCAGAGGUGUUAGUGGGCAGUGUGAACGGCACUGUGAAAACUUUCAGCACAGAUAAGGGGAUCUUCACGGCGACCAGAGAGUGUGGGGAUCCUUCACAGGGCAGAUUCACAGGACUUGCUGUCACUGACAGUUCUUUGAUCACGUGUGUGGAGUCAGGACUGCUGAAGGUGUGGAAGGAAGGCAGUACAGACACAGUUGAGGUAAAUGUUGGGAAUGGAAUUUGCAGAAUGCGACAGAACCCGUCACAGCGCCAUCGUGUGGCUACAGGGGGUAAAGAGAACCUGCUGAAAGUCUGGGAUCUGGAGAGACCAGAUAAGCCAAUAUUCACAGCCAAAAAUGUAGCCCAUGACUGGUUGGAUAUGCGAGUGCCCGUGUGGGUGAGAGACAUCGGCUUUAUCCCAGAUUCAGAUAAAAUAGUCACAUGUACUGGACACCAUCAGGUGCGCGUGUACGACCCCUCGACGUCUCAGAGGAGGCCGGUGAUGGAGGCUCAGUUUGGAGAGUACCCGCUCACAGCGCUCUCUCUUCCUGCCAGCCAGGGCACAGUGGUCGUGGGCAACACUCACGGAGAGCUCGCCAUCCUUGACCUCCGGAAAGGGCUUGUGCGUGGGUGUCUUAAGGGUCUGGCAGGGGCAGUGCGGGGGUUGCAGUGCCAUCCUUCCCUCCCAUUGGUGGCCUCUUGUGGUUUAGAUCGUUUUCUUCGAGUACACAGCCUGGAGGACCGUUCCUUACAACACAAGGUAUAUCUGAAGUCACGACUCAAUUGUGUGCUACUCUCUAGCAGAGAACUGGAGUCAUCAAGUCCUGAUGUUUCUGGAGAUGUAGAGGAGGUGAAAGCAGAGGAGGAUGAGGUUUGGGAUACCAUGGAAAAAGUGACGGAGAAGACAAAAAAGAGGACCGCCCAGAAAGACGAAACUGCAGUUAUUGGAGUAGACGGAAAAAAGAAAAGAAAACUAGUGAAAAAGUGAUGUUAAGUGAUUUAUAAAGGACAUUUUUAUUAUAUUAUACACUGUUGAUGUAAAACUGUAUCAGAAGUGGGCAAAAAGAAACUUAAACCUGACAGAGGAUAGUUCACCCAAAAAUGAAAAUUGUCAUCAUUUACUUACCUUCAAAUUGUUCCAAACCUGUAUGAAUUUCUUUCUUCUGCUGAAAACAAAACAAGAUAUUUUGAAGAAUGUUGGUAACCAUACAGUUGAUGGACUUCCAUAGUAUUGUUUUUUCCAUACUAUGGAAGUCAAUUGUCUGGUUACCAACAUUCUUCAAAAUAUCUUGUUUUGUUUUCAGCAGAAGAAAGAAAUUCAUACAGGUUUGGAACAACUUGAGGAUGAGUAAAUGAUGACAGAAUUUUCAUUUUUGGGUGAACUAAUCCUUUAAUACAUACAUCUACUAUAUAUAGUGUAUAUAGGGUCAUCAUUUUGGCCCAUGAAGUGGAUUUGAACAUUAAAUAAUCUGAAAUGUGAUAUUUAGAUUACCUUUUUAAUAUGUGAAAAGGUUUAUUCCAUUGAGAUGGAACAAAUUAACCUGUUUAUGUAAAAACAAAACCAACUUGUCCCAUCUAUCACUGUAUUUCUGAAUUAAACAGAAUUGAAAGAG